CUCUAACCAAACUCACUCACACAUUACACACACUAAUCGCUACUUUCCAAAUUUGAUUAUCCACCACUAAUUUCAAAUCAAAUCUAUAAAUCGCUGAUCAAAUGCAUCGGAGAAAACCAAUUUAUCACCCAAUUUCCACAUCACGACUCGUUAUCUCGAUGGCUAUAAUCUCCCUCCUCUUAAUCUCUCUUCUCAUUUUCAUUAACCCCACCUCCUCCGCCGCAGCACGCCACCGACGCAUCCAUCCUCCGUCUAUUAAAAACGAACCAUCAUCGUCCGAUCAGAUCCAUCAGGCUUGCAAGGCUACGAGGUAUCCACAGCUAUGUGAAUCUUCACUCAUCCGGUAUCCAAAAGGAAAUGCAAUGGAAAUCAUUCAAUCGGCGUUAUCAGUCUCCUCCGAGAACCUCCAUGCUGCUCAGUCCAUGGUGCAAUCGAUCCUCGAAGCAUCCAAAGGCCUCAUCAAUCACACCUACGCCGCUAAAAACUGCAUCGAACAUCUACGAAACUCAGACUACCGACUCAAAUCAACGGUCGAGGCGUUGCCACGUGGCAAGAUGAAGGAUGGACGUGCUUGGACCAGCGCCGGAUUGGCCUACCAGUACGACUGUUGGUCCGCGCUCAAAUACGUGAACAAUACAAAAAUGAUCAACGAAACGAUGUCGUUUCUGAACACGUUAAUCGAUUACACCAGCAACGCUUUAAGCAUGAUGAUGGCAUACGAUGUGUAUGGCGACCAAACGGCGUCGUGGAGCCCGCCCAAGACGGAGAGAGAUGGAUUCUGGGAAGGUGGUGGUGGCUCCGGCGGCGGCGAUGGACCACAAUUAGGGGUUCCGGCGGGAUUGAAGGCGGAUGUGACUGUGUGUGAGCAAGACGGCGAAUGUGAUUACGAGACGGUGCAAGAGGCGGUGAAUGCAGCUCCGGAUUGGGGUUCCGGGCGGCGGUUCGUGAUUUGGGUGAAGGCCGGAAUUUAUGGGGAAACGGUUCGGGUCGGGUUGGAAAAGCAGAACGUGGUGCUUUUGGGGGAUGGGAUGGGCAAAACCGUAAUUACAGGGUCUUUGAACGUAGGCCAACCUGGACUUUCAACUUUUAACACAGCCACAGUCGGGGUAGUCGGCGACGGAUUCAUGGCAAGCGGUUUAACGAUAGAAAACACCGCCGGUCCCGACGCUCACCAGGCGGUGGCGUUCCGCUCCGACAGCGACCACACCGUCAUCGAAAACUGCGAAUUCUUAGGCAAUCAAGACACUCUUUACGCCCACUCCCUCCGUCAAUUCUACAAAUCAUGUCGCAUUCAAGGUAACGUCGAUUUCAUAUUCGGAAACUCCGCCUCCAUCUUCCAAGACUGCACAAUCCUGGUUCGUCCCCGUCAAGUGAAGCCGGAAAAGGGGGAGAACAACGCCGUGACUGCACAUGGCAGGAUAGAUCCGGCGCAGUCAACGGGAUUUGUGUUCCGGAAUUGUUUGGUCAACGGGACUGAAGAUUAUAUGAGGUUGUACUAUAGUAACCCUAAAGUUCAUAAGAAUUUCCUGGGAAGGCCAUGGAAGGAGUUUUCGAGGACGGUGUUUAUUGAUUGUAAGCUGGAGGCAUUGAUUACGCCGCAGGGGUGGAUGCCAUGGACGGGGGAUUUUGCUUUGAAGACGCUGUAUUAUGGGGAGUUUGAGAAUAGUGGGAAAGGGGCGGAUUUGACGGGGAGGGUGACGUGGAGUAGCCAGAUUCCGGCGGAGCGGGUGGGUGUGUAUUCCAUCGGAAACUUCCUUCAAGGGGAUCAAUGGAAGGCCACGUGUUCUUGAUUGGAUUGAAGUUUCCGAAUGCUAGUUUCUCCUUUUUGUAAUUUAUUAGAUCAGAUUAAAUUCUAUUCCAUGAAGAAUUAUUAGCUUCAGUGGUUUUGGUUUU